GAAUUACCAUAGCAUAUAAGCAAGAAGCAGCAGCAGCAGGUGACAGUAGGUGACAGACAGGACAAUGCUGCUGCUGCUGGUUGUUGUCUUGGGCAUUGGACUGAACUUGGCCUCAGCUGCAAAGCUGGGUGUGGUCCAAACAGAGUUGGGGCAAGUGGAGGGGAAAAGCUACUUCAUGGGUCUCUUCAGAAGUGUAGAUGUCUUCAAAGGAAUCCCCUUCGCCAAUGUUCCUGGGAAGUGGGAGAAACCCGAACCUCAUCCUGGCUGGAGCGGCGUUCUAAAGGCCACCCAAUACCGGGAUCGUUGCCUGCAGGUGACGCUGCUACAGGGCAAAACCCACGGAAGUGAAGACUGUCUCUAUCUAAACAUCUUUGUGCCGCAUGGAACAACACUAUCCAAAGGUCUUCCAGUAAUGGUGUACUUGUUUGGUGGUGCCUUCUUGUUGGGAGCAUCCAACGAUGUGGAGUUCCUUGGAAACUCACUCUAUGACGGGAAAGAAAUGGCAGAUAGAGGCGGAGUCAUUGUUGUCACCGUGAACUACAGAGUUGGUACAUUGGGUUUCCUCAGUACCGGAGACGUACGUCUGCCAGGUAACUAUGGUUUGUGGGAUCAGCAUGCUGCCAUUGCUUGGAUUCGCAGAAACAUUGAAGGAUUUGGAGGACACCCCAUGAACAUCACCAUUUUUGGUCAAUCAGCGGGUGCUGCCAGUGUUAGCUACCAGAUGCUGUCCCCCUACAAUAAAGGUUUAUUCAGAAGAGCAAUCACACAGUCUGGUGUGGCCCUCAGUCCCUGGGCUCUGCAGAAGAACCCCAUGGCCCUCACUAAGAAGAUCGCCCGUAAGGUUGGUUGUUUGAGGAGUGACAUUGACUUGAUGGUAACCUGUCUGAAGAUGACCGACCCAGUUGGGCUCACCUUGGCGGGAAAAAUUGAUGUGCUCCUUCUCCUCCUGAAAAACGGUGUAGUCAUGGACCUUCUGGAACUGUCUCCAGUGGUCGAUGGUGAUUUCAUCCCAGACGAGCCCAAUCGUCUCUUCCACAACGCUGCCCAGUUUGAUUACAUGGCCGGAGUCAACAGCAUGGACGGACACAUUUUUGCUGGUGUAGAUGUACCUUCUAUCAACAAAAGAAAUGCUAACACUACUGUCGAACAGGUGAAGGGUCUCCUGACCGGUCUGACCAAAGUGAAGGGUAAUGCUGCUGCCGAGUCAGCAUUCAAUACCUACUCCUCUCUCUGGGGAUCCCUUCCAGACCAGGCACUGGUCAAAAAAACAGUGUCUGACAUUGAGACCGACUUCCUCUUCUUGGUCCCAACUCAGAUUGCGCUUCAGUUGCAUGCCAACAAUUCCAACGUCACUAGUACCUACUCCUACCUUUUCAACAUGAAAACACGUAUCCCAGGAUUCCCUCGCUGGGUGGGUGCAGAGCACGCCGAGGAACUGCAAUAUCUGUUUGGAAAACCCUUCUCUCUACCGCUGAUCUACUUCCCACGACACCGGGACUUGGCGGGCUACAUGAUGUCUUAUUGGACCAACUUUGCCAAGACGGGUGAUCCCACUAAGGGUGGGAGCAGAGUCCCUUCCACUUGGCCAGCUUUCAACAAAUACACCCAUCCCUACCUUAUCAUUGACCACAGCAUGGGCAAGUCAUCUGUGAGCUACGACCUGAGGUCAGACUAUGUCAAGUAUUGGACACAGAUAUACAGCACCCUGCCGAACAUCAAGAGAGACGACACAGGAGUGAAGCAAGGAAACUGAUGUUGAUGUAAUUCUAAAUCAGAACCAAACAAUGUGAACUAAUAAUAAAACGGUAAAUGUUGGAUCAACAUGAAUAAACAGUAACAUUGGUUGUUGCCAGUU